UGUCCUCGUGAGCGCUGACUUGGAGAGGGAGCGCGAGCCGGGCGGGCGGUCUCGUGCAGAUUGAUUAACAAACAAAUUCAAACAGGAGGAGGAAAAAAAGAACAAUAUAACAUUCGAAGCAACACGAAACGAAGAAGAGACUCGGGGAGAUAAUAACGAGUAAGACUGAGAAAAAAAAAGCCGGGGGGAACGGAGGAGAGGAGGGGAAAAAGUGAGAGAGAAAGGAGGAGGAGGAAUUAAACCCCCCAAAAAACGCAACACGUAUCCGGUGGGUCUCCACUCCUGAGCGGCUGGAGUUGGUGCAAAGCUAAAGACAGCGACAAGGAGACAGCAGCAGCAGAAGACAGAGACAUUUCCAGCCCCCAAGCGAGCGAUUUUUUAGUCACAAAGAGGAAUAAUGAGGAACCUUUGGAUAAUUCUGACCCUCUGUCUCACCGCAGUCCUCUCCGGCGGACGGAUAGCGGAGGCCGCCAAGACGCCGUCUCAGGCUGAUGACUUGUACCUGGAUGACACAGGCUCAGGAGGUUAUUACCCUGAAGAUGAUGAUGACUUCAACUCAGGGUCUGGUUCAGGAGGAGGUGAAGACACGGUGGAGGAACCGGUGACCGUCAGCAUGGUUUAUAUCCAGCCCAAUGCAGCACAACCCACACCGGACUCCACCAGAGAUUUCACCCCCAGAGUGGACACGGCCACGGUCAGAGAAAAGGCACGGGAAAGCACGCCCAAGAAACCAAUCAGAACAGAGGUACCAGUGCCAGUUACAGAGGACAUGCAGAGGAACCAGGUGACCAGUACGACCAGCUCCCCUGGUUCACCUCAGGAGCCCGUCGAGGUCCGCACCGAAAACCUGUUCCAGAGGACAGAGGUGUUGGCAGGUAUGUGACCCCAUCCAGCUGUCUGUCUACU